AUGGAACAGCCUCAGGUCAAAAUCAUUGGUGGCCGCGAGUACGCUGCCACGGGCUCCAAGUUUGGACCCUCCUACCUGCCCGUCGACGUUAUGGCCCGCAUGAAUAAUUCGGCGCAUCAGGGUCUCGCCAUGUCCGCCGUCGUCCACGACAAACGAUCUUUGAAUUCCGAGGCACCAGCCAGAGAGCCCCUCUCCGGCGUUGAUACUCGCAAGCACUUGACCAUGCCUAGCCCGGAGCGUGGCCCCGUCGCAUCAACAUUCCGCCCGCUGCCCAAGAUUCCCAAGGCCAACGAUCAAGGAUCUGUCAACUCUUUUGUUUUGCCCAUCCGUAUGGCCAACAACCCCAUGGAGGCGGCCAUGGUCUGCUUCUUCAACUCCGUUACCGAUAGCUCCAGAACCAGAUUUGAGGAUCUGCUUGCCAACAUGGUCGGUCAAACUUCUACUACGGUCAACUCGGGCUCCGACUCUAGUACUGCUAACAACGGCAACGGCGACGGCAGCGGUGACGGCGCAGCCUCUUCAUCCGCCACCACUACCACCACCACCGCAGCCGACACCACCUCCACCAACAGUUCUAACAUCGGAACUCCUCGCCGUCGUCGCGCUGCCGGUGGCGGCUCGGGUGGUUCAGGCCGUAAGCCCGGCGGUACUCCCCGCAAGAAGCCUGCCUCCCGUGCCGACGUCAUCGAGAAGCGCGGCUCUUGCGAGCGCUGCAAGAAGUCCAAGGCCAAGUGCGAGCCCAUCCCCGAGUGUAUCCGUUGCGCCAAGGACGGAGUCGAAUGCUCACUCAAGGAGACAAUUAUGCAGGAGACUGGUCGUCGUCUGGGCGCCUGCCAGCGCUGCAAGAAGAACAAGGUCGGCUGCAAGAAGAUUGAGAGCUGCGGCCGUUGCCACAAGGCCGAGCAGCCUUGCUCUUGGGCCGUCAAGGCUUAGGUUGACACCGGUAGGGCCGUUAAAGAUACAUGGGGAGUUCUGGAAAAACGAGUCUGCGGGUCGAAGGAGUAUCCGACGUUUGAUCUGGAGAUAACCGACUUUAUGAGCUUGGAUCUUCGUGCAGCUUGCCUGGCUGAGGGGUUCUUUGCAUUGUUUCGGAAUGGCGGCUAUUAUAUGGCUCGGGAUUGAGGAGUGUCGUUUGCGUGCAUGGGCUGAUCAGCAAAGAGGUAUUGGA